GUGGGAUCACGGCUUGACGGACAGGAAAAUAUUUCUUUAAUUUUUUUUGUUUUUCGUGUAUUUUUGUGAAUUUUCAAGAUGGCCGAUUCCAAACGCGACUUGCUGCGGUUCUUCGACCGGCCCACGGAGCCCUGCUUCAUGAAGAAAGGUGACGACAACUCUGUCUUUGAGUUGCCGGACCACUAUUAUCCGGACAAAUACCGUAAACUUAGCAACACUCUCGCGAACCGCUUCGGGAACGACGCCUCCCGGACCAUCCCGGUUCGCAACAUCGCUCUCCCGAACUUAGACUUGCCAAUGCAGCUGCCCUACAACGAGCAGUUCUCGCUGUUCGUCGCGAAGCACCGACAGAUGGCGGGGAAACUCAUCGACAUCUUUAUGAGUAUGCGAGACGUGGAUGACCUCCUGUCCCUAUGCUCUUUCUGCCAGCUCCGCAUUAACCCGUACAUGUUCAAUUAUUGUUUGUCGGUCGCCAUUCUGCACAGGCCAGACACUAAGGGCAUCCAGGUGCCACCCGUGGUGGAGACAUUCCCUGACAAGUUUGUGGAUCCCAAGGUGUUCAGGAAGGCGAGGGAAGUCACCUCCGUGGUGCCUGCAGGGGCCAGGAUGCCAAUAACAAUCCCGACCAACUACACAGCGUCGGACAGCGAGCCCGAGCAGCGGGUGGCGUACUUCCGUGAGGACAUCGGCAUCAACCUGCACCACUGGCACUGGCAUCUGGUGUACCCGUUCGAGGCCGAGAGGUCCAUCGUCGCCAAGGACAGGAGAGGGGAGCUGUUCUACUAUAUGCACCAGCAGAUCAUUGCUAGGUACAACUUGGAGCGGUUGUGCAACAAUCUGGGCCGCGUGACCCGCUUCAACGACUUCCGGCAGCCCAUCGCCGAGGGGUACUUCCCCAAGCUGGACUCGCAGGUCGCCAGCCGCUCCUGGCCUCCAAGGUUCGCCAACUCGAGUCUGCGCGACCUGGACCGCCCCGUCGACCAGAUCCGCAUCGACGUCUCCGAGCUGGACACGUGGAGGGAGCGGUUCAUACAGGCCAUCGAGAAUGGAUUCCUUGUGCUGCCUAACGGUAGACAGAUCCCCCUGGACGAGAACACGGGCAUCGACGAGCUGGGCAACCUGAUGGAGUCAUCAGUCAUCAGCCGCAACCGCGCCUACUACGGCGACCUGCACAACAUGGGGCACGUCUUCAUAUCGUACGCGCACGAUCCCGACCACCGACAUUUGGAACAAUACGGUGUGAUGGGUGACUCUGCCACGGCAAUGCGGGAUCCGGUCUUCUACCGCUGGCACGCUUACAUCGACGACAUAUUCGUGCUGCACAAGAACAAGCUACCACCUUACAGGGAUGACGUCCUGGACUUCCCCGGCAUCCGCGUGUCUUCCAUCAGCGUGGAGGGCGGCGCCGGAGCCAACAAGUUCGGCACGCACUGGCAGCAGAGCCUGGCCGAGCUGUCCAGGGGGCUGGACUUCACGCCCAGGGGGAGCGUGCUGGCGAGAUUCACGCAUUUGCAGCACGACAACUUCAAUUACAUCAUCGAGGUGAACAAUACGAGCGGGCAGUCUCGCAUGGGGACGUUCCGCAUCUUCCUGGCGCCUACGCGGGACGAGCGCGGCUCCCUGCUCGACUUCAACGACCAGCGGCGCCUCAUGGUGGAGCUGGACAAGUUCUCUGAGGGCUUGCGUCCUGGCAAUAACACGAUCCGCCGUCUCAGCACUGAUUCCUCGGUCACCAUUCCCUUCGAGAGAACCUUCCGCGCCCAGGAGUCGCGCCCCGGGGACCCAGGGUCCGCCUCCGCCGCCGAGUUCGACUUCUGCGGCUGCGGGUGGCCCCACCACAUGCUGCUGCCGAAGGGGACCCAGCAGGGGUACCCUGUGGUCUUGUAUGUGAUGGUGUCUAACUGGGAGGAAGAUAGGAUCGAGCAAGACCUGGUCGGGUCGUGUAACGACGCGGCCUCGUACUGCGGUCUGCGCGACCGCAAGUACCCAGACAAGCGCGCCAUGGGGUUCCCCUUUGACAGGCCUGCAAGCGCUAACAAGCUGAGCGACUUCCUCCGACCCAACAUGGCGGUCAGGGAGUGCUCCAUCAGCUUCACUGAUGCUGUACAGCAGCAGCAAUGAACAGACAGGACCGACCAACAAACAAAUAUAGACUCAAGUUGAAAUUCAUAAGAAUAUAUUAAGUAAUGUGAGAGCACGUCUUGAAGAGACUGAUAGGCCACAUUUAGAUGUAUGAUGGAAUUGAGAUUCAAGUGUUGGUCCUAUACUUUUUAUUUUGGUGCCGGGAACCACACGGCACUAAGAUUUGAGACAAAUCACAAUUCCUCUCUCUCUGUGGUCGUACCCUCAUGUCUGAAGAUCGUGGUCAGCAUCAGGAUUGCUGCAGAACUGAUGGUCGGCCGUGUAAAAUGUUGAGAACCAUUUAAAACACGAUAUUUUAUUAAAACUUCAUUGCACAAAAUACAAAUGUAUAGCACAAUUGGCGGACUUAAUGCUUGAAUCAUUAUCUACCAGUCAACCAUUGGGUCUGACAGAGAACUUUAUGUGGGGUACCUUUGUUUUGUAUAUUAUAUAAUUACUUAAAAUUUCACACAUUUUUAGGCGAUGGGCUAGCAACCUGUCACUAUUUGAAUCUC